UCUUGCCUCCUACCAAGCAAGAGCAAAAGAAAGAGAAAUUGGCAUCAGACGCUGCCGGAGACGCCUGUGCCCAGCAGAGCAGCGAAAUGAUUCCUAUGAGGAGCUGCACCAGGACUGACCCUUGAAAGAAUCGGAUUUGGGGGAAGAGAAGGAAAAUGUCCGAGUCCAGUUCGUCCCUUAGCCCCCCGGGAUCAUUAACGUCCAGCGGUCGAGUCCUGCGGCUGGCCACCAAAGGGGGGGGGGUCGUGCUGGAGCAGACCCUGCGAGGCAUUGACAAGGGGGACCCGGCCCUCUCCCAAACCGACCAAGAGUCGGGUCUGACCCCCUUCCUGAUCGCCGUGAGAGAGAACAGGCUGUCUAUUGUCGAGCGGCUGCUGGAGCUGGGAGUGAAUCUUUCAGACCAGACUAAACAUGGCCGAAACGCUUUACACGUGGCCGCUGCCCACUCGAAAGAGGAGAUCGUCCGGCUGCUGCUGGCUGGAAAGGCAGAUCCCAACCUCCCUGGAGGGCCCAAGGAGCAAUUGCCCCUUCAUUAUGCAGCUCUCCGUCCCGUCGGGGCCGUCGGUGUGAUGCAGCUGCUGCUGAAGGCUUCUCACAAAGAUGCUCGAUUGAGCCAAGACAAGGAUGGCCGCACACCUCUCUUUCUUGCGGUGGAAGCUGGGAAUCUGGGAGUCUGCAGGGAAUUGCUUUCCACACACGCCACGGCCCAGCUGAGCGCACGGGAAAAGAAAUACGGCGACACUGUGCUGCAUGCAAGCUGUCGGAAGAGAGAUGUGGAAAUGGCCAAAACCCUAGUGGAGUGUGGAGCUGUGGUGGAUUGUCAGAAUGAUGAAGGCCAGACUCCUCUCCAUGUCGCUGUGUGGGAGGGCGAUGAAGCCCUGCUGAAGUUCUUCCAUCACUGCAAGGCCAAUCCCGACCUAGCAGACAAGAUGGACAGGUCGCCCUUGCACAUUGCUGCAGAAAGAGGCCACACCCACGUGGUGGAGGUGCUGACGGAGAAGUUCCACUCCAACGUGCUAGCUCGCACCAAGGACGGCAGCACCCUCAUGCACGUCGCCGCUGCACACGGACACCCCGACACUGCGCUGGCCUUCCUGAAGAAAGGAGUCCUGCUGCACAUGCCCAAUAAGAGUGGGGCGCUCUGCCUGCAUGCAGCAGCCGGGAGGGGCCAUGCGGCCGUGGUGAGGGCCCUGCUGCAGAGGGGGGCAGAGGUGGAUGCGCGAACCAAAGAAAACUACACGGCCCUGCACAUUGCUGCCCAGCGCUGCCAGCCGCAGGUGGUACAGACUCUUCUGGGCUUUGGGGCCCACGUCCAGCUCAAGGGAGGCAAGGCCCAGGAGACGCCCCUGCACAUGGCCGCCCGCAUCCGCGAUGGGGAGAAGGUGGCAGAGAUGCUGCACGUAAGAGGUUUCAAUGCUGCGCUUUGGCUGCAGAACGGCGAGACGGCCAUGCAUGUUGCAGCUCGCCACGGCAGCCUGCGGAUGAUCCAGGCCCUGAUAGAAGAAGGAGGGGAGCUCACCUCGCAGUCCAAGGCUGGAGAGAGCCCCCUGCACAUCGCAGUCCAGCACUGCCACCUGCCCGUGGUGGAGGAGAUCCUCAACUCCCUGGCCACGGAGAAGGGCCACGCAGAGGCCACUGCCUGCGUCAACCAGGAAAACAAGGCCGGGGAGACGCCCCUCCACCUGGCUGCAGCCGUGAAGAAGGACCUGGUGCACUUGGAGGAGGAGGAGACCAGGAUCAUCGCCAUGCUCAUGGAGUAUGAUGCCGACAUCUCCCGCACCACUCGGCUGUCUCUCGAGACCCCCCUGCAUUACUGCGCCCGGGUGGGCAAUUCGGACAUCCUGCUGGAGAUGCUGAAGCACAUGAGCACCAGCCAAAUGCAGCAGACCAUUAACAAGCAAGCCAAGAACGGCUGGUCCCCGUUGCUGGUGGCGGCGGAGCGAGGACACACCGCGAUAGUGAAGAUCCUGCUCCAGCACCAUGCUCGCGUCGACGUCUUCGACGAGCACGGGAAAGCCGCUUUGCACCUGGCCGCAGAGAACGGCCACGACCAGAUUGCCGACGUCCUGCUGUGGCACAAGGCCUUCGUCAAUGCCAAGACCAAACUGGGCCUGACGCCGCUUCACCUCAGCGCCCAGAACGGCUACAACCAUCUAGUCAAGCGCCUCGUGGAGACGCACCUGGCCAGCAUUGAUGCUAUGACCCUGACCAAGCGAACCCCUCUGCACCUCGCUGCGCUGACCGGCCAGCUGGACGUGUGCACCAGCCUGCUGAGCAUGAAUGCGGACGUCAACGCCACCGACAUCCACGGACAGACGCCGUUGCACCUGGCUGCGGAGAACGACCAUUCGGAGGUGGUUCAGUUCUUUCUGAAGCACAGGCCAGAACUGGUGACUUCCGCCAACGUGGAAGGCUCGACCUGCGCCCACCUCGCUGCCUCUAAAGGCAGCGUUGCUGUGAUCAAGGAGCUGCUGAAGUUCAACAAGGUGGGGGCGACCACGGCACGCAACAAGACAAACAACUCCACUCCCCUGCACCUGGCAGCCGCCGGGGGGCACUGCGAGGUGGUGACAGUCUUGCUGCAGACGGGAGCCUCGGCCGUGGAGGAGGACGGCGAAGGAAUGACGGCAAUUCACCUGGCCGCCAAACAUGGGCACCUCAGCGUGCUGGAGGCCUUAAAGGGUAGCGUCUCCUUGAGCAUCGCCAGCACCAAGACAGGAUUUACUGCCCUUCAUGUGGCAGCACGUUAUGGCCAGCUGGACUUCGUCCGAGACAUGCUCGCCAGGGGGUUGGCCGCCAUGCGCAGCGAGCCUCCUCAACUCACCUCCAACAGACAGCAGGUCAAGGAGCAAAGCAAUGAGUCAGGGUUCACACCGCUGCACCUGGCUGCCCAGUCGGGACACGAGAGUCUGGUCCGGCUGCUGCUCAACUACCCCGGCGUACAGGUGGAUUGUCAGACCAGCCUGCAGGGCUCUACCCCUCUCCACCUGGCGGCUCAGCACGGACACACUGCCGUCGCUGGGCUCCUCCUGAGCAAAUCCACCGCCCAGCUGCAUCUCCGAGACAAGAGAGGGCGGACGUGCCUCCACCUGGCAGCCGCCAAUGGCCACGUUGAGAUGGUGCGGGCCUUGCUGGGCCAGGGAGCGGAGAUCAAUGUCACCGACAAGCAAGGCUGGACUCCACUGCACCUGGCUGCCAAAUCGGGUUUCCUGGCCAGUGUUCAGCUGCUGGUGGAGAGCGGUGCCACACCCACUCUCGAGUCUAAGGAGGGAAGGAUCCCUGUCCAGUAUGCAGCUGCUGAGAACCACCAAGAAGUAGUGAGCUUCCUCCUGAAAAAAAAUACCACCACUUUGAAACUGAUUGAGGACAGGAAGUUUAUCUUUGACCUUAUGGUGUGUGGGAAAGUGAACAACAACAAGGUGACUGAGGAAUUUGUCCUUCACUCUUCCGCUCCACUAGACACUGCCAUCAAGCUUUCCCGGGCUUUCAACAUGGCUGCCCUGAAGGAGAAGGAACGUGCCAAAGACCUGCUGACCGCUGCCAAGUACACCGAGAGCAUGGCCACAGAGCUCCUGACGCUGGCCUCAGGAGGUAGAAGCGCUGGCUACCUUCUCCGGGCAGUGGACCACAGAGGCACUACCAUGCUGGACUCAUUAAUUGAGUGUGAACAAAAGGACGUAGUAGCGCAUCCGGCUGUGCAAAAAUACCUGACCGAAGUCUGGUAUGGCAGCCAGAAGUGGGCCUCCUGGAAGAUAGCCCUCGUGUUCUUCUGCUUCCUAGCAUGUCCCCCCAUGUGGCUGGUUUUCUCCCUGCCUCUGAAACACAGGUUCCAUAAAAUUCCCAUCAUGAAGUUCAUGAGCCACUUGGCCUCUCAUAUCUUCUUGCUCUUCCUCUUCAUCCUAACCAUCGUGUAUCCCCCCAUUAGCCCCAUCUAUGAAGGUCACAUGGUGCCAUAUUGGAACGAGUGGUUGCUCUUAGCGUGGCUGAUGGGGACACUGGUCACGGAGGUCAGCCAUUCUGGAGAAAGGGCUGGCCUGGCUUGGAUCAGAGUCUUUGUCUUGAGCUUCUCUACCGUUGCUUUCCUUUGCCAUUUGCUGGCCUCGAUGUUCACCGACACAGAUCGCUUGCACUGCCUGUUUGCCAGGAAUAUUUUCCUAGGGGUGGCCAUGACGCUCUCCUUUGUGCAGUUCCUGGAGUUCCUUACCUUCCACCACCUCUUUGGCCCCUGGGCGGUCAUAAUCCGGAACCUCAUGAAGGAUCUCACCAGGUUCGCGGUCAUCCUAGGCUUGUUUCACCUUGCCUUCACCAUGCAGCUGUCUUCCAUCUACCAGCCAGUCUACCCUGAGCCAAAGGCCAACCUCUCAGCGGGGGAUGGGAAUGUGACUGUGAGCGCCACUGUCCAGGAUCCUGUUGUCAUUAUGGUCACGUUAUUCUUCUCCUUGUUUGGCCUCGUUGACCCGGAGUCUCUUCCCUCGCUCACCCGCACGCCCCAGUUCACUUUCGUCAUCAUCCGCUUUGUGUUUGGGGUCUACCUGAUUGUGACCUUGAUUGUGCUGAUCAACCUGCUGAUCGCCAUGAUGAGCGACACCUACCAGAGGAUACAGGCCCAUUCUGACACUGAGUGGAAAUUUGGCAGGGCCGUGCUCAUCAGGGACAUGACUAGGAAGUCUGGAACACCUUCCCCCUUCAACCUCUUCACAAAUCUUCUCUAUUACAUCAAAAUACUUUGCAAACACAGAGGUAAACUGUGCUCCACUGGACGGCAGGAUCUGAUCAAUGAAGAGGAAGACCUGGACAGUGCUUCCGACACACGAUCCAUCAAUAUGCUGGCUCACACGUCCAUGGGUUGGAUUAGGGUCGCUGACAAGAGGAUGGCACAAGUAUCACCAGAAGGCGGGCACCUUCGAAGCCCUUUGCCAGCAGGGCCGGUGCACAUUGAGGAGGCAGUAGACUGGCGCAAUGUGGCUCUCCGCUAUUACUCCUUGAAAGGUCGUCUGGACAAAGCACUGCUCGAGAGGGAAUUGUCCAUGCACAGUGAGGAGAAGAAGGCUGUGCAGCCCAUAUAUAUGCUGGUGAACUGCCAGGACAUGUGCAGGAUCUAGCCCAGGGGUGGCCAACUCGCGGCUCACGAGCUGCAUGCGGCUAUUCCCCCCCCAAAAGUGCAGCUCGCAAAGCUGCCCCUGCACCCCUCCAAAUGGCCCCCAGCUCCCUGUGCUCACCAGGGCAGGGGAGCAGUCCGGCAGCGAUUCAAACUGGUGUCCGCAGGAUGGCGGCAGCUGGCGGGAGCCUGAUGUGGCCAAAAAGCCUAAGCCCGUGUUUUUUUAAAGGGGCAACGCCCCCCUUCCCCAUCCCCCCUUAACAAUUCUAGUGUGGCUCUUCGCAUUUUUUCCCCCGCUGUUUCAGUUCUCUUCGUUUAAUGGGUUGGCCAACCCGAUCUAGCCUAUUUGUACCCCGCUCCCCAGUACCAGCAAUUGCCGUGACAUGGGUCCUCUCUGGAGUUACCAAUGACGUGUUGUAUAUCCA